GCGGGGGUCCGGAGGUGCAGGGGGGGCUGUGGUGCCGGGGACGCGGGGUAGGGGCAGCGGGAGGCUCUGUGGCCGGCCCCGGGUUGAAGUUGGGAGGGCGGCCUUCAUUCUGAACCCAUUUAGGCAGCACGGUCAGCCCUCCUCGCCGUGGGUGGCAUCGGAGCCUCCUCUGCCCAGUCUUGGGGUUGCUCCUGGAUGCUGUCUGGGAGCCUUGCUCAUGAUGGCAUCCUCAUCUCCCCGUGCACGUUACCACAUUCAGAGCUAGGGUCACCUGGACACUGAGCUCAGGCGAAUUUUCUCUGACAUCCCGGGAGAAGGAGGACAGUUCUUUGGAAGGUUUUCCAGGGCCGAUGACGGAAACGAUGAGAAGGGAGAGGUCCUGGUCGGGGACACAAUUACGGUGGCAGUGUAACGCCGGGAAACUUUAUUGCAUGAAGUCCCUCUCACUCCCUCUACCUCCCUCUUUUACGUGGACUCUGCCAAAGACCAGGAUACCAGAAUGCAGUGGAGUGACCAAGUGUAGUGGGACCUUGGGAACGCGAUUCUGGAGCCAGGCGGCUGGGGUUUGCAUCCUGGUUCUGCCCCUCCUUAGCUGGCUGACAUGGCACAAGCCACUUACCCUCUCUGAGCCUUAUUGUCUUCAGUGGCAAAUGGAUCUGUCAACAGGCCCCAUUGCCUGGGGUUGUUACUGCUGAGAUUAAGGGAAGCUCGUCCAUAGAAGCACUUAGCGUUGUUCCUGGCACAUAGUGUAUGGUGGAUAAAUGGGACUUAGGACUAAAACUCAUGCCUUGGUGUGUUUUUGCAGUGAUGUUUUGUUCUGGGGUGCAUCACAAGAGACAAGGUUCUUGACUGGGCAUGGUGGCUCAAGCCAAUAGUCCCAGCAGUUUGAGAGGCCGAAGGGGGAAGAUCUCUUGAGCCCAGGAGUUUAAGACCAACCUGGGAAACAAGGUGAAGCCUCAUAUCUACCAAAAAAAAAAAAAAAAAAAAAAAAAAAAAAAAAAGCCAAGUAUGCUGAUGAGUGCCUCUAGUCCCAAGUACUUGGGAGGCUGAGGUGGGAGGAUUGCUAGAGCCUGGAAGGUCGGGCUGCAGUGAGCUGUGAUCAUGCCACUGCACUCCAGCCUGGGUGACAAGGUGAGACAGUUUCAAGGAAAAGAGAGAGAGAGAGACAGACAGACCCACAAGAGUCUUAAGCCAGAAUCUCCAUGUUAAAAUGCUUUCUGGAGGCUAAAAGGAUCAUAUGUUGAUAAUUAAAUGUUUAAAAGGCAGAAACCCCACUGAAUGGUUUGGUCCACAGAGGGAAAUGGGAAUUGCAUUACCUGAAGGAUGAUGGAGGAACUAAACAGAAACCAUCCUUGUUUCCUGAAUCUGAACGUGGCACCCUCUUUUCACGGUCUCUGUAUCUGCUCAGUCUGGCGGCCCCUCGAAAAGAGGGAAUCUUGAUUUCCAAACUUAAAAUUUGGCCCAAAGCCCACUGCUGCCUACAAUGCCCACCAGACCCAUUCCUCUUCCCUUUUAGUUUCUAUGGGAAUACUCUCUUUGAAGAACCCAUGAAGCAGUGUCAGGCUGGUGUGAGGAUCAGCAGUGAUUUCUUUGAGGAGGAGAGCCCGUUUCUUCACUCACAGGCCAUGUCUGAGUGGAUCAAGAAGAACAGAGUGCCCUUUUAUGAGAUUUUGUCUGUGUAGACCAUUAGCUUGGUAAAAAUGUCAAAACCAUCCUCGUUCUUUAAUAGCAGAUUAUUUUGGACUUUUCUCUGCAAGAAGCAGCAUGGGCAUUCAGAUGCUUUUAAGGAUAAAAUGUUCUUUCUCAUCACCAGGACUGGUGCUCUGGAUGGCUGAGGUUUUAAUGUGAUUGGAUGUCCCUUGGAGUGGCUCCCAGGCUGUGAUCUCGUGGUUGGGUGGCAAGUGGUUGCUUUAUUCGGUGGUGGCUAGAGGAUGUUUUAGCAGAUAAAUCAGGAUCCCAGGAGCCCCUGAGUGUCAAGUCCUGCUGCAGGGCAUGUGUUUAUGGUGGCGAUGUGGGUGGGUGGAGGGUGGGGAGCAUUGAUUUCCUGCCAAUAUCAGAAGUUUCACAGGCUUCUUGUGUAUCCACAAACACCCAUCCCAUUGAGAAGGCCUAGAAAACCUGCCCCUCCCCAAGCCUUUAUUGACAGCUUGUGAAUAAUCCCAGGGUGUGUCUGACCAACAGCUCUUCCUGGAGGGAGAGAAAAGUCUCUCCUAGGUAUUUGAUUGUCAACCUCAACCACUUGCUGAGCCUUCCCCAAGACCAGGCACCUUGGCAGAGAUAUCUGGAUUGUCAGGCAGAACCGAGCAUUCGAGGGUAAUAACUCACUGGAGUCCCUGAAAUCCCUGAUGGGCGCACCAGAUAAAAGCAUCCAGGGUUGAAACCAGAUCAGGAAGGUUAUUGUCAGCCUGGGGCUCCUGUAGAGGUGCAUCCACGUUGCAGGGAUUUUCCUUCUUGCUGAGGAGAAACCUGGGUUUCUCAGCUUUGGCACAGUCACAACAUUUGGGGUGAGACCAUUCGUGGUGGGGGGAGGGAGGCUGUCCUGUGUAUUGUAGGAUGGUUAGCAGCAUCUGUGGUCUCCAUCCUCUAGGUACCAUUCUAUCCUCCCAGCUAUGGCUACCACAGAUGUCUCCAGAUGGUUUCAAGUGCUGUGGGGCAAGGGAGUGGUACGUGAGCAAAACCACCCCAGUUGAGAGCCAUUGGUCUACACUUGUGGAAAUGUUUGAGGGUGAGAGUGUCGAGCUUGGGUCCCUGCUGUACCCUUUAUGAGCAAUGCGGUCUUGGAAAAUUAAUACUACCCCAGGGGCCUCAGUUUUCUCUUCUAUAAAAUGGAAAUAAAUGAGAUACACUUUCAUAAGAAGGUUAUAUGGGAUUUUCUGAGAUAAUAAGACAGUACAUGGAAAAUACUGGGCAUAGCAUUUAUUUAUUUUAAUUUCUUUUUAAGACAGAGUCUUACUCUGUUGCCCAGGCUGGAGUGCAGUGGCAUGAUCUCUGCUCACUGCAACCUCCACCUCCUGGGCUCAAGUGAUUCUCCUGCCUCAGGCUCCCGAGUAACUGGGACUACAGGCGUGCGCCAUCAUGCCCAGCUAAUUUUUGAAUUUUUAGGAGAGACGGGGCUUCACCAUGUUGGGCAGGAUAGUGCCAUCUCUUCACCUCGUUAUCUGCCCUCCUCGGCCUUCCCAAGUUCUGUGAUUACAGGCGUGAGCCACCGUGCCUGGCCAAACAUAAACUUACUUUCUUACCUCUUCUGCUGAACUCUAUUUGCUUCUUAUCCCGAAUGUCUUUAUCCAGAAGAGCUUUUAGCAACAAAGUUACCCAAUGCCCUUCCGUAGUCUCUCCUUGCAACUGGCUCUCAGCAGACUGGGGAGGAAAUCCUUGACAGAACCAAUUUACAUGACUGUUUGGAGGACUCUGGCUAGCCCCAGGAGGUGUUUACAUUUUUAAAUUGGUUACUAGUGUCAGAAUGUUUCAUGAGUAAGAGCCCAGCCUCUAUGUUGGAUGCCCUGAAUUUGAAUCUCAGCAUUGCCGCUUUGUAUAUAACCAGAGGAUGGAUUUGGGGACCCAAUGGGUCUACCAUGACAUGAACUUGCACCAACAUUCACCUGAUCUCCAAAAUGCCUAUUCUGACUGGUAGACCCUAGUCUCAGCCAAGUGCCAGUUCAGAGCCUGUCUCCAGUGAUCCUGCACAGGUCUCAUUAGUUCCUUUUCUCCUGUUCAGUCAUCCUGGUAAUAGGCUGUGUAUUCCCUUGGGGGCAGGCUGGGAGAAAGAUUGACAGUAUAAAUUUUUGGCAGUGGAGCAGAGUCCUUUCUGGAGGGGACCUGGCUUCCCAUUCAGACAAGGGACUCCGGGUCUGUGAACUGGCUUAUGUCUGGAAAUUGACGGGGGACUGUGACUGUUUUUAUGAUUCAGAUUAGACUUCUGCUCACCUCACCUAGAACUCUUCUGCAAACACAGAUCCAGUAAAAAUGUGGCAGGCUUCUUAUCUAUUUCACCUCUAGGAAUGCCAUGAUCAGCUGGCACCAUAGGUCUCUGUGAGUUAGGCUAUUCUGGUUGCAGCUUUGACUCUGCUGUCUUUUAUGGUAACUGCAUCCACCUUGCCUUUGGGGAUUGAGUGCUCUGAUCACUUGGCCCCAGCCACUGUAGUGUGCCUAUGUCACUUACCCUCUUUAUAACUCAGUCUCUUCCUCUGUAAAAUGGGCAUCCUCAUUGCACCCACCCCCAAGGCUGCUGUGAGCUAUAGAUGGAUUAGCAUAUGGCAAGUAAUAGAAGAGGGUCUCAAAGUCCAUGUGUCUUUAUCAGAAUUAUUUCAUGAUGGGGAGAGCUGGAGGAGAGAAGAAGGUGCUAAGCAGACCCAUGUGCUCUCCCACCAGUGUUUCCUGAGCACCUACUAUGUGCUGCCCACUGUGAGAGCUGUUAGGGUUGAAAUAGGGAGCACAGCAGGGUAGGGGCUGCCAUCAGGAGCUUAGUGGGAAGACCAUUGUGCAACAUGGUUCCAGCACUUGGGGUGGGGAAGCUCAGGGAGUACAGGGGCCUAGGAUCCUGGGCAGAAUCAUGGAAAGGACACAGCCUCCCCAGCCUCUCCUGCCUCCACUGCCUCCCUGGCCUCCUCUGCUUCUGUGGCCUCUCCUGCCUUCCUGGCUUCCCCUCCCACCCCAACCUCCUUAGUCUCCCCUGUCUCUCCUUCUUUUGAGGUGGGCCAGGAGCUGUUGGUGCUCACUUAGCCUGUCCUGGACUCUGGGUGUAGCACCUCAAUGUCCCGAAAAUGCCCCCGAGUUCAGUUCCUCACACAGCCAAGGAAGGAGCUCCACACUGACACUAAGGGUUCAUCCUGGGCUCAUUCAUCAGGGCAUGCCUCCAAAAUAUUUCUCCACGUCUCCUCCCUUUGCCCACCUGCAUUGUCUCUGUGCCUCAGCUCCUGCUGGGGGCCUGCAAGGAUCCCCUAUCUCCUCUGCCCCUGCAUGGCUGGGUCCCAGGCAAUGUGUCUCCCCACCACACCUUUCUCCUCUUUCCCACCACACUCCAGCCCCACAGUCCUCUUUCUGCUUCUUUCCCAGCCUCUGGGCUUUUGCACACGCUGUUCCCUCUGCAUGAACACCCUCCACUGGGCUGAGAACAACUCUCUGAGACCUCUCUCAGCUGUUGCUUCCUUUGGAACAGCCGCUGCUGCUGUCCCUCUCCCAGCUCCAAGACCUGCUGAGCCUCCUGUCUUUUUCAGUUCCCAUGCCCCCAGCACUUCUCCUUGGCCUCCUUUGGCCCAAUUGACAAUGUCCAUUCUCAAUGCCUUCUCACUCAGCGCUGAGUCCCACUGGGUGAAGGGAAUGUUUGUCAUGUUCACCACAAUAUCCCCUCCCCCAUCACUACGCCUGGUCCACAGUGAUGCUCAAAAAAGAUCUGUUGGUAGGCAAUGAGAAGGUGCAUUCAUGUCAUCCUGCAGGCGGAAUUCUCCACGAAUUUUGAGCAGCCUCAGUUUUCCCACCACCUCCAAAUCAUGGAAGACACAGGGUAAGAGCAAAGAGAAGGUGGCUGUGGCCGAUGUCCACCCUCUCGGGGUGUCCCUUCUCUUCUCUCCUCCUUUGGCAGGGAGACCAUCGGGGUGCAACCUGGUUGGGGCAGUGAGGAGGUUCAGGGUCUGGCCAGAGCGGACAUGGCCACAGGCAUGGGACAACAACUGCUUGGGCCUGAGCAGGUGAGCACAGCGCAGGCCCGGGCCCGGCGUGUCCGCGGUGCGAGCGAGCGGCCAGCAGAGGGCGCCAGAGAGCCACGAGCGGCCCGCGGACGAGCCCGCGCCGGCCCCGAUGCCCAGCUCAGUGCGGCGCGGACCCAACGAGCCCGCGGUCAGACGCCCCAGCUCCGCCGACAGGCCACUCGCGCCGGUCCUUCCUCUUCCCCAGGUGCAGGCAGAGCCCCCGGAUCCAUGGCCAGCCCUUCCGGCAGAUCUGAAGCCACUGGCAAGACCCGAGGCAGGGAUGGCCGGCCCAGGAGGGAGGAGGACGACGUCCCUCCCGAAGAGAAGAGGCUGCGGCUGUUGCUGGAGGGGGAAGCGCACAGCCCGAGGACUGCGAGGACGGGGAGGACGCGCCGCGGCCAGGCAGAAAGGAGACCGGGACCCAGACAGGUGGCGACGGCAGAGAGAUCAUCAAUCCCCUGUCUGGGUACCCACCAGAAGACUCAAGCUUCUUGUGAAUACUGACAAUCAAAACCACAGUGAAGAGACGUCUGUGUCAGAGACUGCCUUCAGAUGUGGUGAGAUCUGUGCCGACUCCUCAGAAACAGGCACACCAAAUCACAAUGGGUGUAAAUCAAUCCUCCCUGAUGACAGUGGAGACCCAUCUAACUAAUCACACUUCUCCUGAUUACCUUUCUUUUUCUCCUUACAAACCUAAAUAUCUCACCAUUUCUAUUAGCCUGAAAAUAACAUCCCUCUGUUCUUCUCUUUCUCCUUCAGCACUCCAUCUCGCUUACACUCGGUUUUAUUUAAUGAUUCUCCUUCUUAUACUUUCUGUCUCACCAGUUUCCUCUCACACUGAUUUACCUGCUACACAUAAUUAUUCUUCUUGGGCUUAGGUGCCUUUUCCUCCACUUAUUCGCCCUCUCACCUGGAUAGAUGCUCCCGCAGAAAUCUACACUAACGAUAGUGUGUGGAUGCCUGGAGCCAUAGACGACCCUUGCCCUGCUCAACCAGGAGAAGGAGGCACUGCAUUUAAUGUUACCAUGGGUUAUAAAUACUCCCCUCUGUGCCUCGGACAUGCACCUGGUUGCAUCCAUCUAGAAACUCAGUUCUGGGCUGCUUAUCUUUCAGAAACAUCAGCUACAGAUAAAAUGGGACAUUUGGUCUCUGGCCUCUCCCUUUCUCCUUUACAACAAAUGAAAGGAGGAGUAAUGGGAGGUACCCCAUACUUUCAAUAUAAACCUGCAGGAAAACCAUGCCCUAAACAUUUUGAGGGCCCAUCUAAAACUUUAAUUUGGGAAGACUGUGUUAACUCACAUGCAGUAAUAUUAAAAAAUGACUCAUAUGGUUUAGUAAUAGACUGGGCACCAAAGGGCUAUUUAAAAAACAAUUGCUCCUCUGUGGAAGGGAAUGCCUGGAGGCUACUUAUUUUAUUUCUUAUUAGGAGAAAGAGAAUCAUCAUUCUACUUUGCAUAUAAGGAUCAGCUCAUUCUUUCCCUUAAAAUGGGAAGAUAAAGGCAUUACCCCGCCCCCAACCCUCCUAUGAUACUCCCUAUUCUGAGCCCACAACACCCAGAACUUUGGAAAUUGGCUAUUGCCAUGUCUGGACUGUGAGUAUGGGAAGGAAAAACUAUUUUGACUGUUUUUCCCACUACCGUCCCACUCUCUCAGUAUCAACGUAGACCCAGACAUUCUGCUUUACUUACCUCCAACCUGACUGUUCCCAUACAGAGUUGUGUUAAGCCUCCUUACAUGCUAUUGGUAGGAAAUAUCAAAAUUUGGAUGAAUAAUCAAACUGUCCAAUGCGUCAAUUGUCAUCUAUACACUUGUAUUAACUCCCAUUUUGACUCCAGGAAAAGUGUAAUGUUGGUUCGAGCUCGAGAAGGAAUCUGGAUUCCGAUAACUUUACCUAGACCUUGGGAAUCCUCCCCCUCAAUACAUUUAAUUAAUGAAGUGGUACAACGAGUUUUAAAAGGACCUAAGAUACUUGUUUUCACUUUAAUCGCUGUUAUCAUGGGCCUAAUUACAGUCACUGCAAUGGCCACCACUGCCGGAAUGGCAUUACACCAGUCUAUUCAAACGGCUCAUUUUGUUAAUGAUUGGCAAGCCAAUUCCACCCAAAUGUGGAAUUCUCAACAAGGCAUCGAUCAAAAAUUGGCAAAUCAAAUUAAUGAUUUAAGACAGUCUAUUAUUUGGCUUGGAGAUCGGGUAGUGAGUCUAGAACAUCGCAUGCAAAUGCAGUGCGAUUGGAAUACUUUGGAUUUCUGCAUCACCCCUAUUCCUAUAACGAGACUGAUCAUUCAUGGGAAAUGGUCAAAGGACACCUUCUAGGUAGAAAAGAUAAUUUAUCAUUGAAAACAACUAAAUUAAAAAAACAAAUUUUUGAAGCCUCCCAAGCUCACUUAUCCAUCGUUCCUGGAGCUCAGGCGUUAGAUCAGGUGGCAGAAAAUCUUUAUGGAUUAAACCCCACAACUUGGAUAAAGUCUCUUGGGGGCUCCACUGUAGUAAAUUUUGGAAUUAUGUUUCUCUGCUUAACCGGCUUGCUUUUAGUGUGCUGUACCAGUCAAAUAAUCCUGUGUCAAAAUUGAGAGAACGAACAAGCCUUCAUCGCCAUGGCACAUUUAUAUAAAAAGAGAGGGAGAGAUGUUGCGGGAAGUCAGGACCCCAAACGGAGGGACCGGCUGAAGCCAUGACAGAAGAACGUGGAUUAUGAAGAUUUUAUGGACAUUUAUUGGUUCCCCAAAUUAAUACUUUUGUAAUUUCUUAUGCCUGUCUUUACUGCAAUCUCUAAACAUAAAUUGUGAAGAUUUCAUGGACACUUAUCACUUCCCCAAUCAAUACCUUUGUGAUUUCCUAUGCCUGUCUUCACUUUAAUCUCUUAAUCCUGUCAGUCGAGAGUGAUGUAUAUCGUCUCAGGACCUGUAAUAAUUGCGUUAACUAUACAAAUUGUACAGCAUGUGUGUUUGAGCAAUAUGAAAUGUGGGCACCCUGAAAAAAGAACAGGAUAACAGCAAUUGUUCAGGGAAUAAGAGAGAUAACCUUAAACUCUGAACGCCGGUGAGCCGGGCAGAACAGAACCAUAUUUCUCUUCUUUCAAAAGCAAAUGGGAGAAAUAUCGCUGAAUUCCUUUUCUCAGCAUGGAACGUCCCUGAGAAAGAGAAUGCGCACCUAGGGGUAGGUCUCUGAACUGGCCCCCCAGGGCCUACCUGUCUCUUAUGGUCGAGAUUGCAGAGGUGAAAUAAACUCCAGUCUCCCAUAGCACUCCCAGGCUUAUUAGGAAGAGAAAAUUCCCGCCUAAUAAACUUUGGUCAGAAGGGUUGAUCUCAAAACCCUGUUUCCUGAUAAGAUGUUAUCAAUGACAAUGGUGCCAAAACUUUAUUAGCAAUUUUAAUUUCACUUCUGUCCUGUGGUCCUGUGAUCUCACCCUGUCUCCACUUGCCUUGUGAUAUUCUAUUACCCUGUUAAGUACUUGAUGUCUGUCACCCACACCUAUUCAUAUGCUCCCUCCCCUUUUGAAACUCCCUAAUACAAACUUGCUGGGUUUUGUGGCUUGUGGGGCAUCACGGAUCCUACCAAUGUGUGAUGUCUCCCCCGGAUACCCAGCUUUAAAAUUUCUCUCUUUUGUACUCUGUCCUUUUAUUUCUCAAGCCAGUCGACGCUUAGGAAAAUAGAAAAGAACCUACCUGAUU